AUGGCGUCGCUAGGUGCCCGAGGAGCUCUCUCGACAGCUCGCACCAGCAGCAGAAUCGCGACAGCGAUCUCGAGCACACCAGUCCUCACCACUAGAAGAGCCUUCUCCUCCCUCCCACACCUCCGCCCCACGAUCCUGCCCACGAGCAGCGCCGUCUUCCGCCCGUGCAACAGCAGCAACACGCUCCUCUCCCGCCUCCCCACCACGCCUACCACCUCCUCCUCCGGCGAGAUUGCGGACAUCGUCCCCAAGGCGUCCAUCACGGCGCACCCGGUGUUCGGCGGCCAAAUCCGCUGCGGGCCGCGGCCGACGAUGGCGACGACGAGCCGGCUGGUGCGCAAGCGCAGACAUGGGUUCCUGAGCCGCGUGCGCACGCGUAACGGGCGCCGCACGCUGCAGCGCCGGCGGGACAAGAACCGGUCGAUCUUGUCGAACUGA